AUUCACUAACUAAUCAAGAUUAUAUUGUUAAUUAUAUUCCAUGGCAAUUAGCACUAGUUUUAGAGCUUUAGUAGUUACACUAUUGUUAUGGGUUUUUCCUUUGGUUGCCAAUGCUGGUAAUUUCAAGAAGAACUUCCAUAUUACAUGGGGUCAUAAUCGUGUCCAAAUGCCCGAUCAUGGGAAGCAUUUAACCCUUUCACUUGAUCAAUUUUCUGGAUCAGGGUUUGAGUCCAAGAGUCGAUAUAUGUUUGGCAAGUUCGAUAUGAAGAUCAAACUUGUUCCUCGUAACUCUGCUGGCACUGUCACCACUUUUUUCUUGGCAUCAGGUGGACCUAUUCAUGAUGAAAUAGAUUAUGAAUUCUUGGGAAACGUAACAGGCGAACCAUACACAAUUCAUACCAAUGUAUUCAGUCAAGGAAAAGGGGAUAGAGAGCAACAAUUUCAUUUAUGGUUUGAUCCCACUGCAGAUUUUCAUACUUAUUCUAUUACUUGGAAUCCUAGUAACAUUAUAUUUUCCAUAGAUGGGAUAGCAAUUAGGGAAUUUAAGAAUAGAAAUUCAAUUGGAGUACCAUACCCAACAAGCAAACCAAUGAAGAUAUACGCGAGUUUAUGGAAUGCAGAUGAUUGGGCUACAAUGGGUGGAAGAGUCAAAACUGAUUGGAGUCAAGCUCCUUUUAUUGCUUCUUAUGGUGACUUUAGGAUUACUGCUUGUAAACAUGUUAGAUCAUCAAGUGGGACCCUUAAUUGUCAAAAGGAAAGUGAAUGGAAGAAUCUAGAACUUUCCUCUUCGGAUAGAAAAAGGAUGAAGAUGAUGCAAAGAAAACAUAUGAUUUAUGAUUAUUGUAAUGAUCAUAAGAGGUUUCGACAAGGUGUCCCUCCUGAAUGCAGCUUAUCAUGAUCAUAUAACUAAUAUGAUGUUUAUUUGUUGAUACUAUUUUUUUUUUUUUUUGUGGGAGGCAGAAGAAUAUAUAAAUAAUUUAAAGACUUAUUGGGAAAAAAAGGGAUUUUUAAGAAUAUAAUUACUUUUAUAUUAUUAUGUUGUAUUUGCCAUAGUUGAAUACGUUUUUAAUUUGUUUUAUCAAUAGAUCUUUUUACUCAACAUUGAGUUUCUAGUUUUCA